CCACACACACUGAUAACUGUAGACAUUGGUCAGGCUUUUAAAUGUUGUUGAGAGGAAACCAUUAGUAUAAAUGGGGGUUUGACAAGCGUAUAGGAAGAGAUGACACACUCGGCGGACAGCGAUCGACAAUUAGAGACGGAAGAAUAUAUCGAUAUUUGAACGCGAUGUGGUUGCGCGUGACUUCAACGUACGUUUAUCGAGUGACUCAGUAACGGUUUUGAUUUCGUUUCUUAACAGUUAUUAGCAGCGAAAAUAAUCAAAAAUGGCUUCUAGAUCGGGUUUCCCCGUCAACCCCAGCACCCCAAUAAACCCCAGCAUGAACCCCAUGAACCCCAUGAACCCGGGUCACAGCAGCGCACUGAGAAUGCCAGCAAUGCCGCAGAAUUCACCCUACAGAGGGAUGGGCAGUACUCCGAACCAGUAUCACCAACGCCCAAGUAUGCCACCCAGCCGAGGAAUGCCAAUGGGGGGCAUGGGAUCUAUGGGUUCCCCUCUACCUGGUCCGUCUUAUAGCGGAGGCAUGUCCAUGCGACCGGGGAUGCCUCAAGCUGCGAUGGACCCCACCCGGAAGAGACUCCUUCAGCAGCAACAGCAGCAGUCUGGGGGUCUAAUGGGCCCGAGAAGGGGGGUGAAGAGGCGUAAGAUGGCUGACAAAGUGCUCCCACAGAGGAUCAGGGAUCUGGUCCCAGAGUCUCAGGCUUACAUGGACCUUCUGGCCUUUGAGAGAAAGCUGGACCAGACCAUUGCUCGCAAACGCAUGGAGAUACAGGAGGCCAUCAAAAAGCCGAUCACGCAAAAACGCAAACUAAGGAUCUACAUUUCUAACACCUAUACACCUGGCAAGCCAGAGGGAGAGGAGGCUGAAAAGGUGGCAUCCUGGGAACUUCGAGUGGAAGGCAAACUCCUGGAGGAUCCUGGGAAACAGAAACGAAAGUUUUCAUCCUUCUUUAAAAGCCUGGUCAUUGAAUUGGACAAAGAACUUUAUGGCCCAGACAACCACCUGGUGGAGUGGCACAGAAUGCCCACAACUCAGGAGACGGAUGGAUUUCAGGUGAAGAGACCAGGAGAUGUGAAUGUGAAAUGUACUCUCCUUCUCAUGCUGGACCACCAGCCUCCGCAGUAUAAGCUGGAUCCACGUCUAGCUCGUCUUUUGGGAGUCCACACUCAGACCAGAGCCAGUAUCAUGCAGGCCCUGUGGCUCUACAUCAAAAACAACAAGCUGCAAGACUGCCAUGAGAAAGAGUACAUUAACUGCAACCGAUACUUCAGACAGAUUUUUGGCUGCCCCAGGAUGAGAUUUUCAGAUAUUCCCAUGAAGCUCGCCAGCCUCCUUCAGCACCCCGAUCCCAUCGUUAUCAAUCAUAACAUCAGUGUGGAUCCAAAUGAUCAGAAAAAGACCGCAUGCUUUGAUAUCGAUGUUGAGGUGGAUGACCCUCUGAAGGCUCAGAUGACCAGCUUCCUGUCAUCUACAACCAAUCAGCAGGAGAUUGCUGCCCUGGAGAUGAAGAUCCAUGAGACUAUUGAAUCCAUCAACCAGUUGAAGACCCAGAGAGACUUCAUGCUCAGCUUCAGUAACAACCCACAGGAGUUCAUCCAGGACUGGCUCAAGUCUCAGAGCCGAGACCUCAAGUUAAUGACGGACACUGUGGGAAAUCCAGAGGAGGAGAGGAGAACUGAGUUUUAUCACUCACCCUGGGUCACAGAAGCUGUUGGACGCUAUAUAUUUACAAAGGUCCAGCAGAGGAGACAAGAAUUGGAACAGGUACUAGGAAUCCGACUCACUUAAGAAGAUUCAGACUCCAGAUUCAGUCAUCCAAGGAAUUAGCUCAAAUACAGAUGAGAAUAAAGCCAAUGGAGGAACUUCAUAUAGAAAUUUUGGGUGCUGGUAUUGUUCGGUAUAUUGCACUGUCAUAAACUUCUUGUCAGUUACAGCAUUUGCAGACUGUACUAUAACACAUUUGGUCACAUCAAAUUUCAAAUGCUGUUACAUUAACUGGAAUGCUUCAGUACGUAUCUUCCUCUUUCAAUUCGAUCUCUGAUCUUCUCUUAUAUAUUCUGAAAAUGUAAUAUGAAAAUAAGCCAUCCAGUUUAUUUUCUUCAUGAUUCAUGUUUUGUUUUUUUUUUUGUUUUUUUGACAAACAUCUUUACUUUUAUUAUAUACUGUUAAAUAGGACUCUCUUUUUUUUGUGUGUAUAUUUUACAGUAAGAUAUACUGUAGCUAAUUGGCUAAAACCCCUAUAAGUAACAGAUGCAACACAGCUUCUUGUUGUUCAUCUAUUUUGUUUAUAUUUAAUAGUUCAUGAAUGAAUAUAGUUAACUGUAUAGUUAAUUAAUUAGGAAUUGCCAAACUCAGUCUACAUUUACCAUUUCGUUUCUGAAAGGUUUAAAUUUUCUGACCGCAAAGGCUAUUUUCACAAAUUAAUUGCACAAUUUUUGAGUCAGGAUGCAGUUACUUAUAAUUAGGUUGACUAGUAAUGAAAAUGCAAUGUUUUUCUUCUGCUUUCAAAAUUGUGGAUUUUUUCCAUUUGGUCUCUCAGGAAAAUGUGUGCUGCACUGCGUUCAAGAGCCAUCUUUUUGUGUUUCCACCCCAAUGAGAACUCCAGCACAUUUGGUUGUCCAGCUGGUUUGGUUCAGUAUCCCAGACUUUCUGUCUUCAUCUUGUUAGUGUUUACAGAAUUUUUUUUCUGCUGAAGUGGUAAAGUCCGUACAACAGUGACUGAAUUUGCGAAAGAUGGUGUGUGAACCAUCAGCAUAUUCUUUAUUUUCAGGUAUUCAAAGCCAUAUUUUUUUUUUUUUUUUUUAAAUAAGUAGUUUAGUUCAGUGUGUAAUUCUACAUUCCAAACAGCAGAUGGAAAGUUUGUUUAAGUGGGUUUUAAUACGUGGUCAUUCAUAUUGGUGUUGUCGUUUGUGUUAAGUUUUGAUGACGGCAAGUUGAAUUUUCAAUUAAGGAAUAUAACAGGUUCAACAUCUGUGACAUGCUGAUAACCACAGAAAAUUGCUUUUGACUUUCCAGUUUAUAAAGUGGUCGAAAAACAAAAUGUGUUGCCAGUUUUGUGCUUAAAAUGAAAUUCUGACUUUCUUUUUAAAAGCAUCUCUGAGGGACGUUGUUGAAACGAUUUUGUCAUAAUUGACAGCAUGUCACAGAUGUUGUGGAUAGAGCUGAACUCUGAAUGUUCCUUUUGAUGGUUUAAUUUUGUUUAUAUCUGAAUUGUUCAGACAGUAUUAAUGCUGAUCUGAAUUGCAACAAGCUCUUGUAUCUUUGAUUUUCCUUAUUGUGUAAAUGCCAAUUAAGUUCUUACAACUUAAGUUCUGUUUUAUAUUUUUGUAUCAAUCAAAUGCUUACCUUUUGUACUUUUUUACUGGGAAAUUGGAAUAUUUUAAACAAUAAAGUUGUUUCCAUAAAAGGAAA